AUGGAGAAUGUGAGCAGCACGAUUGAUCUGAACACAGGCAACAUUUCACAGGUAGAGGUCUGUAACUAUGUCUACAGACAGCACUUUGCAGAAAUUCAACAUCGUGACAGGAAUUUAAUUCCUGUUUAUACAGAUGGAUCUAAAUCUGAUGAUUAUGUUGGCUCAGCCUUUGUCUGCCAGGAUGAAAUCGUGGCAGAACAAAUUGCAUUGAAUUCUUUUAUCUUAUUUGCAGAGUUGCAUGCUAUUUAUUUAGCCUUAAAAUAUAUAAAUAAGAAAGGUCAUUGUUGCUGUGUGAUUUACACUGACUCAGUUAGUGCACUUCAGGCUUUGAUCUCGUGCGAACCUAGUUCUCACUCUAUAGUGAUUAAAAUUCAUGAUCUGAUUUACCACAUUCUUACGAGGAAUCUUUCUAUAAAAUUUUGUUGGGUACCAGGACACGUCGGCAUAAGAGGGAACGAAGAAGCUGACUCAGCUGCAAAGGCAGCUAAUCCUUCACAGCAUGAAAUGCCUAUCGAAGGAGGUGAUUUGAAGUUAGUAGUUAAAAAACGCCCAGCAGAGAGAUGGCAAAACAUGUGGAAUGCACAAAUCCACAAUAAACUACACGAGAUCAAGCCGAAUAUAGAAAAUUGGACACGUAAUAAACAGUAUGACAGGAGAUCUGAAGUAAUUCUUACUCGUUUGAGAAUUGGGGAUAUUCGGUUGACUCAUCAGUACCUUUUGAAGGGUGAAGACCAACCAUUAUGCCAAUAUUGUAACUGUACUGUAAGUGUUAAACACAUACUUUGCAACUGCAUUGUCUCUGAAAAGAUAUGUAGACAGCAUUUUGGAAAUGCAAGUUUUAAAGAGAUUCUGGGCCAGAGGUCAAAUUUUGAUAAAUUGUUGAACUUUCUGAAAGUCACUAAUUAUUAUAAACAAAUUUGAUUAUUUAUUUAUCUAUUUAUUUAUUUUAUAUGUUGUUAUUAUAUACAU